AUGCAGACAUACAUUCGCCUUCUCACGGCGGUCUGCGCGCUCGCGACCACUGUCAACGCCGUGGUGCCCAUUGAGGUCCAAGGAAAGGACUUUGUGAACAGCAAGACCGGCAGUCGGUUCCAAGUCCUCGGUGUCGACUACCAGCCUGGCGGUUCCUCUGGCUUCACCAAGGAUAAGGAUCCCCUCAGCGAUCCCGAUGCCUGCUUGCGUGAUGCUGCUCUCAUGCAACGCCUGGGUGUCAACACCAUCCGUGUCUAUAACUUGGCUCCCAGUCUCGACCAUGACAAGUGCGCAUCGAUCUUCAACGCGGCUGGUAUCCACAUGAUCCUCGAUGUCAGCUCUCCUCUGUGGGGUGGCUACCUGGAUCGUACCGACCCCAAGAGCACCUACAAUGAGAUCUAUUUCAAGCAGGUCUUCGGUGUUAUUGAGGCGUUCAAGAACUUCCCCAACACCCUGGGCUUCUUCGCCGGAAACGAGGUGAUCAACGAGCAGAGCGUCAAGGACGUCCCCGCCUACGUCCGCGCCGUCCAACGUGACAUGAAGGACUACAUCGCCAAGAACCUCAACCGUUCCAUCCCCGUUGGCUACUCUGCGGCCGAUAUCCGUCCCAUCCUUGCGGAUACGCUUAACUACUUCAUGUGCGAGGACAAGGACGCCCCCAGCUCCCACUCAGAUUUCUUCGGCCUCAACUCGUACUCGUGGUGCGGCAACUCCACGUUCAAGAAGAGCGGCUACGACGUUCUGACCGAGGACUUCGCCGAAGCCUCCAUCCCCGUCUUCUUCUCCGAGUUCGGCUGCAACGAGGUCCGCCCCCGUUACUGGACUGAGGUGGAGGCCCUGUACAGCAAGGAGAUGUCGCAGUCCUUCUCCGGUGGCCUCGUCUACGAGUACACCCAGGAGGAGAACAACUACGGCCUCGUCGAGCUCGGGGAGGACGGCUCCGCCAAGCUGCUCGUCGACUACGACAACCUCAUGGCCCAGUACUCCAAGCUCGACAUGAGCCUCAUCGAGGCCUCCAACAAGACCCAGACCUCCUUCCAGGCCCCGACCUGCUCCAAGUCCCUCAUCUCCAACUCCACCUUCCUCGACUCCUUCGACCUCCCCAAGAGACCCUCCAAGGUCCAGGACAUGAUCGACAACGGCUACUCCGGCGCCAGGACCGGCAAGCUCGUCGACGUCUCCUCCACCGACAUCCCCCAGAAGAUCUACGAUCACAACGGCAACCAGAUCACCGGCAUCAAGCUCACCGCCCUCGCCGACGCCGAGUCCAACACCCCCGGCGCGCACACCUCCGGCACCGUCUCCAGCUCCUCCAACUCCAGCUCUUCCAACUCCACCAGCGGUGGCUCCUCGGGCUCGAAGUCUGGCUCUGGCUCCAGUUCCGACAAGAAUGCUGCGGGCGCCAUGACUGUUCCCUUCGUCAGUCUGCUGACCGGCGCCUCGCUCAUGGCUUUCUUCAUGCUGUAA